AUGGCUGGUUGUCAACAUUAUGUCAGAAAAUGUUCCUUUUUGGCUCCUUGUUGCAACAAAAUUUAUCCAUGUCGGUUUUGUCAUGAUGCUGCUGAACAAAGUCACGAGCUCGAUAGGAAAACUGUGCAACAAGUGAAGUGUAAUCAGUGUGGAGCGCUGCAAAAUGUCGUCUCUCACUGCAGCGAAUGUGGGAUCAAGUUUGGAUUUUACUUUUGCUCGAUUUGUCGAUUGUAUGAUGAUCGAGAUAAGGGACAGUUUCACUGUGAUUUGUGCGGGGUUUGUCGGACAGGAGGAAAAGAGAAGUAUUUUCACUGUACGAGGUGUGAUAUGUGCUAUCCGAAAAACAUUAGGAGCUCGCACAGGUGCAUCGAGAAAAGCUCGAGAUCAAACUGUCCCAUUUGCAUGGAAGAUAUGCAUUCUUCUCCAAUUCCUUGCCAGGUUCUCAGAUGUGGUCAUUUGCUGCAUCAGACCUGUUUCCAAGCAUGUUUGAAAUCAAGGCAUAACCAGUGUCCCAUUUGCUGUACAUCAAUGACGUGA